CAAGCAAAUUGUUAUACUGAGGCUAAGCUAGAACUAGAGGUCUCCAGGUGUGUUGGUUGGUUUCGUUUUCGAUACCUGAUGCAAUGCGACUUUAGUUCCGCAGUGGACAUUUGGCGGAAAGGAGGUCGCUUUGGAUAGCACUACAGUAGAUGUAAGGGGUUGAAAGUGCGAAGAAAUUGUUUGUGAAUGGUACUACUUACACGAGUCAAAUGAAGAGAAAUGCGAGUUGUAUAGCACUGUGAUAACAAUUGAUAACGGAAUGUUGGUGGAAUUUGCAUAAAUAUGAACAGUUUGUGAUUGUGAGUGGAACCAGUUGAACCAUAAAUAAGUGUGUGCUGAAAAUUGUGGAACAUUUUGACCUUAGACUGAAUAUAACUGAACUUAGAUUUCAUACGGUUUGUGAUUGAAAAGCAAAAUGGAUUACUUCAGGGAUUCCGUCGUAUUAAAUGAAUCCAGCUGAGCUCAACUAUCAACCAGUGGCAACUUUCGAGAAGUACGAGAAAGAAAAUUACAGGAUGGAAAAGGGAACUCCAUCACGGCAGUUUCUGGCUGGAGUCACAGUCAACCUCGCCUCGGUGGCCCUCGGCACCUGCCUGGGCUGGACCUCACCGGUUGGUCCAAAAAUCAGCUCCAACGAUACCAGCGUCAACCCCCUGAACGACAUACCGACCUCCGCGGAAGAUUCAUGGAUCGGAUCCUUGGUGGCACUGGGUGCCCUUAUUGCUCCAUUCAUCGCUGGGCCCUUGGCGGAACAUUUCGGCCGCAAGCUAACGCUCCUGGGAAGUUCCGCCUUCUUCAUCCUCAGUUGGAUAAUGCUGCUAUUCACCAAAUCAGUAGGGGUCCUGCUGGCCGCUCGAUUGAUCCAAGGUUUCGGAGUUGGAUUCGUCAUGACGGUUCAGACGAUGUACAUCGGUGAAAUUGCCACCGACGAAUACCGAGGAGCCCUGGGGUCGCUCAUGCAGCUUUGCAUUGUCUCGGGCAUCCUCUACGUCUACUCAAUCGGUCCAUACGUAAGCUACGCUGCCUUGCAGUGGGCUUGCCUUGCACUGCCCAUCAUCUUCGCAGCGGCGUUCUUCUUUAUGCCGGAAACGCCCGCCUAUUACAUCUCCAAGGGACGCAAAGACGCUGCCAUCGAGUCAUUGAAAUUCUUGCGGGGAAAAUCGGCUGACGGAGUUCAGGAUGAACUGCAGGAAACGACCCAGUCCGUCGAGGAAUCCAUGAAGAACAAGGCCAGCAUGAUGGAUCUGUUCAAAAGCAAGGGAAACAUCAAGGCGUUGAUCAUCUGCGCUGGGUUGAUCAGUUUCCAGCAGCUGUCCGGGAUUAACGUGAUUCUGUUCUACAGCCAAAAGAUCUUCGCCAAGACCGGCAGCAGUAUGUCCCCGGCAAUUUCCACCAUUCUGGUUGGAGUUGUGCAAGUGUUGGCUAGUGGUGCAACGCCGCUGAUCGUGGACCGUUUGGGACGUAAACCGAUUCUGCUGGCUUCUGCCGCAGGAAUGUGCAUUGCCCAUGGAACCAUGGGAUUGUACUUCUACAUGGAUUACAUCAAAUCGGAAUCUUUGGAAAGUAUAAGCUGGUUGCCGAUCUUCUCACUGAUCUUCUUCGUCACCGUGUACUGUGUGGGCUUCGGACCGCUACCGUGGGCCGUGUUGGGUGAAAUGUUCCCGGCGAACGUGAAAUCGGCUGCCUCGUCGAUCGUGGCCUCCACCUGCUGGGUGCUGGGCUUCCUGGUGUUGCAGUUCUUCUCGACGCUGGACGAUGCCGUCGGAUCUCAUUGGUCGUUCUGGAUCUUCGGAGUGUUCUGCGGGGUGGCGUUCGUGUUCACGCUGACCACCGUGAUGGAAACCAAGGGCAUGAGUCUGCAGCAGAUUCAGGAUAAGCUGAACGAGUAGGGUGCACUAAGUGAUUUAAAGUGAAUAUUAUUCAUUGCGAUUAGAAAUAAGUAAUGAUAGGGUGUAUUCAGAUAUAAGCACUUUGGUCCUAUUUAUGUUCCCUUUUAAUGACUAUGCAUACUUUCUUAUUAGUUUAAGUAUCAAGGAAUAGAUGUUUUUGUUUUAUAUGGUGAAUAAAUGUUG